AUGCACCUUUCAACAAAUCCUUUACUCACUCUGCUGAGGAAUUUGAUUUCUUUUCUCUUGUUUCGGAAUCAUCCAUCCCAGUCACCACCAUCAUCCCUACAAACUAAAAUAAUUCUCUUGUUUAAUACAGACUCUAUUCGAAGUAUUAUUGGACCUAAAAAUUCACAAGAAUUAACAACGGUGAGCAUUCCUGAAUCACCUCAUCAUUCUUCAACAAAUAAUAAUAGGAAAAUAUCAGUUCGUUUCAAUUCAAUGACGAGUGAUAAGAAUAUGAUCGGACAAAUCGACCAAAACUUAUUAUCUUUUAUGAGCAAUACAUUACUUUCACAUCCCAUUCAAAGUAUGGUAAUAUUGAGACGAGAAAAACCAGAAUUGAAAAAAAGAAUUGAAAAAAUUGCCAAAAUUCCAAAGAACACUCGUGAUGAUGAAGAUCCAACAAUAUUUAGGUAUGGUAAAUCGAGAGCUGAAAGAGAAUUCCUUGAAGAGAGAUUUUAA